UUGUCAUCUUCAACUUUAGUCAAGAUGUCUUACGAUCAAACAGGCAAAGGCAAGGGCAAACGUCCUAUUGGUGAUUUCGACUCAGAUUUCCCAGUACAGCAUGUACCUCGCGCCCUGUAUCCCGAGAUCCCCGAUGUCGUCGCCCGCCAUCGCAAUCGUCGACGAAAUGUUGCAGCGAAAGUAUGGGGAGCACAGUUGCCGUCACACCCAGCCAACGCCCCAGGAGAGCCAUUCAAUGUCUACAAGGCAAUCUUACGACACCCAAAUCUCUUCUUCCAGUUCGCGAUUCGGCUGGACAUCCGAGAGCUUGAGAACCUGUACGCCAUCGACAAGGAAUUCCACUAUCGCUUCAACAAGUACAGCAUCUCCAUCAUCCACGAGAACGCAAUGUAUCAUGCGCCUCUCGCUGCCUACAACUUUAGCUGGACCAUGUUCCCCGACCUCUGCAUCAGUGACCCAAUGGCGCGGCCCAUGGACGGACGUUCGCACCUGGCCCGCGACACCCCCAGCCUACGCUGGAUCAAAAUGGUGUUGAGUCGACAACGCACCGUUAGCAACAUUAUAAUGCUCCUCGCGGCAGAGGACCACCGCAUCCCACGCGCCGCAUACACAAUGAUUAUGAAACUCUGGCUUCUCAUGGAGAUCCAGACAAUGGCACGCCGCACGACCUUUGUUUCCGACAGGGAGGUCUGGACCGAUCAAGACUUCCACUUGUUCCACCUCUUCCUCGUCAAGCUCGACAUGCGCUUCUCGCACCCCGUCAUCGGCAACGGUGCGUGCGCCCUCUCCCACCUGCUCUUAACCCAGCCAUCCCUAUGCAUACUCGAAGCCGUCCUUUCCGGAACCAAGAAACUCAAUUACAAUGAUGCAGAGGACAUGACGGUGCGCAGCUACGACAUCAUGGAGCUCGCAAUCGACGACGACAACGCCUGGCAGGUCGAUGAAUGGGCCGACCGCAUCCCGCUCAAAGAAUGGGGCAUGAUGAGCAAAGAAUACGCGGACUGGCAGGGCGAUCGGUUGGUCCCCGUCCCCGAUUUGCUCUUCCUCGAGGCUAUUCACCGCGAGCUGCAUACGCAUCGGUAUAUCCUGGAUUACGUGACGUACGGGUUUGUGGAGGUGAGACCGGGUGGGGAGUUGAGGAACGUACCCAAGCCUACACAUUGGUACAUUACUAAGGAUACGCGUCAGGAGGCCUGGCCUACUGAGGAUGAGCGCAAGGAGUUUAGAGGGCGGAUGGAGAAGAGGGUCGGGUAUAAGAAGCAGGCUCGGGUUCCUCUGAGGGAGCUUCUGGUUGCCACGACAAAUGUGGUUGUUGAUGCGUUGGCUGUGGACGAAGCUCCUUGACUCGGGCUGGAAAGGCAGGCGUUGAGUAAAUACGAACGGAAGGUCUUGGAUAUGAGAAAUUGGUU